CUGCUUAUAAAAUCGAAAAACACAAGAUUCAGGGCACAAAAUUAUGCAGAUGAGAUUGGUGUUCUGGAUGGUGGUGAUGAUGGUCAUGUUAACAUCUUCUACCAUCACGGUAAUUUCGAAUGUUUCUUUAGAAAACUGCACACGAACAUGUGGAAACGUUAGUGUACCUUACCCUUUUGGAUUUGGCCAUCCUAAAUGCGCCAUAAACUCCUCCUUCCUGCUUCAAUGCAACCAGAGCGGCCUCUUCUUUAGCGGCGGCGGCCUCUUCCUUGGUGGCGGCAACGUCAUUCAAAUUGACAACAUAUCGUUGGAAGACGGUACCAUCACCCCAUACAUUCCCGCCGCUGCUUCCGAUUGCUACAACGACUCGAAAGAAGUGUACUCCAAUUACUAUUUUCUCAUGCUAGAUGGAUGGCCCUUGACUAUCUCGCCCACACGCAACAAGUUGAUUGCAUUAGGCUGCGACGCCCUGGUCACAAUGAGCGACCCAGAGGGAAGGUUCGGAAGUGGGUGCCUCUCCAUCUGCCAUGACCGUGCCGACAUAAGAAAUGACGAUUCAUGCUCCGGUUUCGGAUGCUGCCAGACCUCCGUCCCCAAGCACCUCAACCGACUGAACGUUACGGUUCGCAGUUUUUCUAAUUACCAAGAUGUUUGGCAUUUCAACCCCUGCAGUUAUGCUUUUGUGGUUGCGAAUUCUUUCAAUAUAUGGGAAAUUAACUUCCUUGGUCCAAGAAGAACUAUUCCGCCGCUGCCUGUGGUGUUUGAAUGGGCUGUCGGAGAUCAGCGGGGCUGCCAAGAUAUUUGCAGCCUAAAUGCUCUUACUCGGACACCGGUGGUGGAUUUCGCUGUUCGUGCAGGCCAGGGUUCGCUGGAAAUCCCUAUCUCCCACAAGGAUGUCAGGGUUAAUACUCCACCAGACGUUGAUGAGUGCAAAGAACCACACAAGUAUCCUUGCCCAGGAACUUGCCUGAAUACAAUCGGAUCCUACACUUGUGAAAACAAAACAAACAAAACAUCCUGGCCUAUCAUUUUGGGUAAGACCCUUAUCCUACGGCUUUUAUGAAAAAAAAAAUGUACAUGAAUGACUUGAAAAGUUUUAAAUACCUUAAUAAAUUAAUAUUUAAAGA